AUGACAAAUUUUAUUUUCUUCCAGAGUCCGAUCUUCCGAGAAGAUCGUUCACGAUCUCCUGCGUCCUCUCAUUUGUCAAAUGGAUCACAGUAUCUGUUUGAACAUGUACUGCCUUCUAUUGAGAAUUAUGGGGUGGGAAUAUUUUUCACUCAUGAUUGUCGCCUUACUUGCCGCGAUGUCAUUCCAUUGGGGAUCAAUGAAAUGGAUACGAAUUCAAGCAGGAGUUCUUUUACAAAGAACGACGUGGAUGCGAUGCAUUUGAGUGUGAUCUCGGGAAGGACAAUUCAAUGA